AGCCCCCACUGGUACAUACAGGAGCAGAGGCAGGCAAGGCAGGCAAGGACUAGGAGACAGGAGAGGGGCUGGAGACAGGCUGCUAGAGGGCUCAAAACCCCAGUGCAGCUCCCUGUCCCAACUCUGUCCACCACCUGCUGUGGCCACAGCAACAGAAGAGACAGCUAAUAAGACAGAAAGUGAGGCCCCGUACCUUGUGGACAGUGGUGUCAUUAGCUGCGACGCCUAAGAUGUCUCAGGAGAUGGCAGAGCUCACCCAAACCAGAUUGCAGAAGAUCUGGAUUCCACACAGUGGCGGAAACAGCAGGCUGCAACGCAGGAGGGGCUCAUCCAUACCCCAGUUUACAAAUUCCCCCACAAUGGUGAUAAUGGUGGGUUUACCAGCUCGCGGAAAGACCUACAUCUCCACGAAGCUCACACGAUAUCUGAACUGGAUAGGAACACCAACUAAAGUGUUUAAUUUAGGCCAGUAUCGACGAGAGGCAGUGAGCUACAAGAACUAUGAAUUCUUUCUCCCAGACAACAUGGAGGCCCUACUUAUCAGGAAGCAAUGUGCCCUAGCAGCCCUGAAAGAUGUCCAUAACUAUCUUAGCCAUGAGGAAGGUCAUGUUGCGGUUUUUGAUGCCACCAACACUACCAGAGAACGACGGUCACUGAUUCUGCAGUUUGCUAAAGAACAUGGUUACAAGGUCUUUUUCAUCGAGUCCAUUUGUAAUGACCCUGACGUCAUUGCAGAAAACAUCAGGCAAGUGAAACUUGGCAGCCCUGAUUACAUAGACUGUGACCAUGAAAAGGUUCUGGAAGACUUUCUAAAGAGAAUUGAGUGCUAUGAAGUCAACUACCAACCCUUGGAUGAUGAAGUAGACAGCCAGCUGUCCUACAUCAAGAUCUUCGACGUGGGCACACGCUACAUGGUGAACCGAGUGCAGGACCACAUCCAGAGCCGCACAGUCUACUACCUCAUGAACAUCCACGUCACACCCCGCUCCAUCUACCUAUGCCGGCACGGCGAGAGUGAACUCAACCUCAAAGGCCGCAUCGGAGGUGACUCUGGCCUCUCAGCUCAGGGCAAGCAGUAUGCCUAUGCCCUGGCCAACUUCAUUCAGUCCCAGGGCAUCAGCUCCCUGAAGGUAUGGACCAGCCACAUGAAGAGGACUAUCCAGACAGCUGAAGCCCUGGGCGUUCCCUAUGAGCAGUGGAAGGCCCUAAAUGAGAUUGAUGCGGGUGUCUGUGAGGAGAUGACCUACGAAGAAAUCCAAGAACACUACCCUGAAGAAUUUGCACUACGAGACCAAGAUAAAUAUCGCUACCGCUAUCCUAAGGGAGAGUCCUAUGAGGAUCUGGUCCAGCGUCUGGAGCCAGUUAUAAUGGAGCUAGAAAGGCAGGAAAAUGUAUUGGUGAUCUGCCACCAGGCUGUUAUGCGGUGCCUCCUGGCCUACUUUCUGGACAAGAGCUCAGAUGAGCUGCCUUAUCUCAGGUGCCCCCUGCACACAGUGUUCAAACUUACACCUGUGGCUUAUGGCUGCAAAGUGGAGUCCAUCUACCUGAACGUGGAGGCUGUAAACACACAUCGGGAGAAGCCUGAGAAUGUGGAUGUCACCCGGGAACCUGAGGAAGCCCUGGACACUGUCCCUGCCCACUACUGAGUCCUUUCUAAGACAUCAAACUUCCUCUGUCCUCACUACCUUUCAUGUUUAGGAGCUGCUAUUGUUGAUCUUCUCUUACCCUGAGAAAACUCUGGACUUGGCCUCACUGGAAGAGACCUGCUUCCAGUGAAGAAACCCUUUCAGCUCCAAAAUGGGUCUUGAUUUCUAGCUGCAUCCAAGGAGCUGUCUAGGUCAGGAUGAAACUUUUUCCUUCUUAAUUCCUAUUCCCUGAUCAAUAAACUUCUCUUACUGCCUA